AUGCAGCGCAAGUAUACCAACGCGCAGGCGUUGGCCGUCUACCAGGCGCUGCAGCAGAGCGGCGGCCUCAGUGCGCUUGAGGACGACACCGCCACGGCGCUGUAUCUUUCGCAGAAUGCGGCCGCAACCGGCGAGCUCAACUUCACGCCUGGGCUGCUGGAGCGACUGACGAAGCGACUUGACAAGGGCGGCAUGGUGCUGGACCCGUUUUGUUCGUACGACUACGCCGACCGCCGCCACAUCCGGAACUUCUCCAUGUCAAUCCCCAUUCCCUUUAGCGCCUUCGACGGCAUCCGCCGCAGCAAGCAUCAAGUGCAGCUCACCGCGGCGCAGGAGGAGAAUGUUCUGAAGUCGUUCGACAAGUUGCUUAAUGGCGAGGAUUUCAAGAAGAGUGGCACGACCCCAGCGGCGAAAGGCGUGCGAGAGAUAUCUGUGGCGCUGCCGUUUGUGAGCGCCUUCUUCGACCAGCGCUGCCCGGAACUGCACAACAGCGUACUGACGGGCUCGCGUGAGGGGGCGACGUACCUUCUUCUGUCCGUAAUCACAGGUCACAAGGAGCUGUGCGCCAAGUGCCUCAAGGCCGGCGCCAACCCGAACAACAUGUCAUUUCUUCGAGACGAGUCGCCGGCGCCGGGUGACAUGUUCCAUGGAUACAGUCCGGUUUUCAUGGCGGUGCUGGCGGAGCAGGUCGAGAUUCUGGAGCUGCUGUGCAGCUGCGGAGGCAGCAUUCACGUGUACGACCGCUGGGGCCGCACCCCUCUGCACGCUGCCAUGGCGGUAGAGAGCACCUCGACGGUGCAGUGGCUUCUGGCGAAAGGUGCGCCCCUGUACGUGCCAGAUGGCUUCGGCAUUCUCCCGGCUGACAGCUGCGUCGGCACACAGUACGCCGAAUACUCGAUGCCCAUGUUGGCGCUGCAGGAGCCGCCAAAGUGCCCACCGCCGAGCUACUUCGCCGAGGCUGCGAAGAGCUGGGCCGCCCCGGAGCGAGAGAGCAAAGUCACGGCCGAGAAGGAACCAAAGAAGGACGCAGCCGCCACCAGCUCUGGUGCAUCGGACGCUGAGGGGGAGACUAAGAUGGAACUGUGCCGCUGUCGCUCCGGUCGUCCUGUAGGGUUCUGUGGCUGCAUCGACGACAUGCUCGUCCGGUGGGCGCGCGACCGCCUGAACACGGAGUGGAGCCCCGGUGUGAACUUUAGCGCACUCGCAAAGAAGCAGGCGACUGCCGAAGAGGAGCGCAAGCGAACGGCGUACAGCGCAGGCGGCAACCGAGUUGUUAAGUCCUAA